UUUUUCUUUCUAAAGAUAGACUUAAAACCUGGCAGCAUUAUGUCCCUGACUUCAUAUGGGAGAAAUGGAAAGAAAGAUUACCUCAGAUGUCUCCCCUCUUCCUUUUUUAAAAUCCUCCAUAGCAGCUGUGUUGGCAGCACUCAAAUGUAUACCCAAUUGGCAUCUUGGAUAAAUAGGCAGUUUCUAUUUGUGGCUCAAUAUAUCCUUGUACACAAAUUCAAAUGUCUACAAAUAAAAAGGCUGGUGAGAGAGAAAGCUCUUGAAAACACUUUCUACAGAAUUAAGUGCUUUUGUCAUUUAACAAUAUGUACACAUGGCAGAUUUCUCAUGUUCUGAGUUCAGCACGUGAACUGGUAUGUUUUUACCUCACUGACAUCCAGAACCUAUCUGUGCAGAUGGCAAACUUAUGCCAGUCUCAAUCUUUUCCAACUCAAUCCAGAAGGCAAUUGUGGGCUGAAGUCCCUAUGUGUCUGGAUUGCAGAAGAUAGAUGUGGAACAUAUCAUACCUUUUGAGAGUUUCUCUGUGGCUGUGCCUUUAAAAAUGCAUUUUCCUUUGUUGGAAGCCUGAAUCUCUUUGUGUCAACUAUGAAUAAAGGUAAACAUAUUCACAGUAGGUGGUGCCAUUGAAUCUUCAAAUAAGAACAUGAUGUGGCCAUGCAGCCUUCUCCCCUGUGACUGACUUCUGUGUAUCAAGUGCUGCAGCCAAGUAGAUGAAGAUUUAUCUUUAACAGUCAAAGGACUCAUUGCUUCCUAGAAAAAGGAGGGAAUAUAUGCCCCCAUAAAAAUAUGGAGAUGUUAAUUUAGAAUCAAACUAGCAAUUGUUUCAGUUGGAAAGUUCUUUUAACUAGAUCAGUGUAGAGGACACAGGUGCACAAUAUGGAGCUAUAAUUUAUAGUGAAUGUCCCAAGAUGAAAAACAACUUCUGCCAAAACGCAAAUAUCAGCUACAAGGCUCACGAGUAAGAUUUCACAAAUAUUCUGUAAAUCAAGUGAAUGAGACUCAUGUUUCACCUCUUCCUCUGAAAGGCUGCUACAGCUGUUCCCUUGUCAGUGCUAACAUUUGUUAUGGCUAAUAACACUUUCAAUCACAACUAUUUGAGGAAAAUUGAUUUAUUUAGAACCUUCUCUCCUGUGCUGAAAAUACUCUGCCAAGGACAAAAGCUCCUGCAAACCACAGGUUGUUAAUUCCCUGAUGGAUUCCUAUGCAUGUCUCAGCACUGCUUCUUUAUACAUUUUUGAAGGGGCUGUAAAGAAAAAAAAUGAGAUAGGACACAACCAGUCAUGACUUCCAUAAAGGAGCAGGCAGCCAUCAGCAGAUUAAUAAGUUUUCUACAGGAAUGGGACAGUGCUGGCAAAAUUGCUCGAAGCCACAUUCUAGAAAAUUUUAUGCUAACCAACCAAGGCAAGACAGGUCCAGAACUGGAAAUAGAAUUCUCUCAAGGAGCCAGUUUGUUUCUCGCCCGUCUAACUGCUUGGCUCAGGUUGACUUACAUGUAUGGAACAUGCCUAGAGCAACAAUUGAAGUCCAUUGGCAUCUUCCUAUCAGCUGCAAGUGGCCAGCGAUACAUUAUUGAAUUCCUGGAAGUUGGUGGUAUCCUCACAUUGCUGGAAAUACUUGGGCUCAACCAACUGAAAGAGGAGGACAAAAGGGAGUCCAUAAAGCUUCUUCAGUUAGUAGCAAGAUCUGGCAGGAAGUUCAAAGAGAUUAUUUGUGAAAGCUAUGGUGUACGAUCAAUUGCUGAGUUUUUUGCCACCUGCAAGUCAGAAGAGACUCAAGAGCAAGUACAGAUUCUUCUGGAUGCUUUAGGCCAUGGCAACCCCAAGUACCAGAAUCAAGUGUACAAAGGGCUGAUUGCUCUUCUAAAGUGCACCUCUCCAAAAGCCCAGCAACUGUCCCUACAAACAUUGAGGACAAUACAGACAAUUGUGGGAGAUGCCCAUCCAAGUAUUGUGGACUCAGUGCUUAGUGUGCUCCGUUCUCUGCACCUGGAGGUGCAAUAUGAGGCGAUUCAACUAAUCAAGGACCUCAUGGCAUAUGAUGUGCGGCCAGCUUUGCUAAAAGGACUGGUUGCAUUGCUAAAGCCAUCAAGACAGGAGACUGCCAAAAUGCAAGCCAGAAUCCUGGAAGAAGCUGGUACAUUACACCUGAUGGAGUCCUUGCCAGCAUAUAUUCAGCAAGCUGCCGCUGCCAAAGCCAUUGGAAUUCUGGCCCAAGACUCCAGAGAUGUGGCUGAGGAGCUGGUCUUCUUGAGAGUGGUGCAUGGUCUCAUGUGUGCAAUGGGCAACAAAGAUCACACUAAUUGCCAGAGGCAGGCCAGCAUUACCCUAGAGCAUUUUGUAAGGAUGUUCAUAGUGGUGGAGAAUCAAACCCGGAGCGCCAUGGGAGAAAAAUUGUUCGAGCUCUUUAUGCAAGAUGCUACAAACUUGUACCUGAAUAUGGAUGCUGUGCAGGCUGUUAUCCUGGCCACCAAUAUAGUCAAUAUUCCGGAAUAUAUUUUGGCUCAGGCAAAAAUGGAUAUUCCAGAGAGAAACUCAACUGCAGAAGAUGAAGAGGAACAGCCAUCUCAAAAUAGAGAGUUGCUGCUUUAGUUAGUGACCUCUCAAUUGUCCUCAUUUAUUGGGCUGUUGUUCAUUUUCAUCUAUUUUUUUCAUGCAUUCUGUUUCAGGCCCUACUACCCAUCCCCAUGAGAAAAAGAUGCAAAGCUCCAAGUGCCUUAUGACAGGUGACUUUGAGUCCCUGUCCCCCUCCCUUUUCUCAAAUCUGAAAUCUACUUAGUUUGGUUAUCAACCACCAGACACAUCAAUUGCUCUAAUUGUUCUUCAACAGCUGCCUUUGCAACAACACAACCAUAGACUAAUUUGUGUCAUACUUAUGAAAAUAAGGAAUAAUCCCUUGUACAGCCACUUUGAGUUCUGAGGAGGAGACAGGAUAUCUAUGUAAUAAAUAAAAACAGUACUGAACAACUAAA